CUUGAAGAAAAAGAAGAGUUUAGCUCAUUGUUACCCAAGAAGAAGAAGAAUGAAUCAGUGGAUGAAGGAUGACGACAGUCUGUCUGAGACCGUUUUUUAACAUUCAUGUCAUGGUUGAUGUUCAAACGUGCAGUCGAGCUGAGAGGAAGAGGAACACUUCACCUGUAAACACUCACUUUAACCACUAGAGGGAGCUGUUGUGAUGUGAAGCAGCCAGAGGAUUAGAGACUGUUGUUUUCUAGAUAAAAUGUCUGAUGAGUUGUCCGUUUCUCUGUUUUAGGAGAAGCAGCGGCAGCAGGACCAACAGCUGCAGAGACACCUGACUCGACCCCCCCCACAGUACCAGGACCAGCCGGGUCAACCGGCCAAUCAGAACCCGUUCCCACAGCCGCCAGUCAACCAGUUUACAGCUUCCUCUCAGCCAAUGGGCAGUGUCGGCUCCAUGGGAGGCCCCGCCCCCGGCCCCCAGCGCAUGUUCCCCCAGAACCAAAGCAUGCUGGGUAUGAGCAUGCCGACAGGUGGUGUAGCUCCGCCUCCGACCGGCAGUCAGGGCGACAUUGGCCUGUCGUCCUGCGGAGGAGGAGGGGGCGGGGCCAACGUGGACGUGCAGCAGGUGCUCUACAACAACAUGAACCUUCACCCGUCGUCUCACCCGUCGUCCCACCCGUCUCACCCGUCCCAGCAGCGCCAGCCUCUGGGCGCCAUGAGCGCCGCCUACAGGCAGAAUCUUCUGGCUCAGCAGCAGCACCUGAAGUCUCAGCCCAACGCCGCCAUGUUGAAGCAGCAGCGGCAGCUGGUAGCUGCCGCUGCUGCUGCCGCCCGCAUGCCGGGCUCCAUGCAGAACAGUAUGGGACCUACAAUGCCCGGAGGCAUGCAGGGCGCCCAGAGCGCCGCUGCUGCUGCCGCCGCCUGGCAGCAGCAGAUGGCCAACCAGCCGCCCUCCAGCAACGCCGGUCUGCCCUCCAACGCCUUCGGCAACCCGCCCAACACCUUCCACAUGCAGCAGCAGCAGCAGCAGCAGUCUCGCCUCCCCAAGAUGCCCCCGGGCGCCGCGCCCUUCGGCGCCAACCCCAACGGGCGUCCAAUGGGAGGCCUGAACCAGAUGAUGCAGACAAACAUGGCGGCCGCCGCCCAGCAGAGGGCGGCCCCCAACCCUCAGAGCCUCGCUCAGCAGCAGCAGACGACUCAGGCCGGUCAGAACCAGGCCGUCUUACCCGACCUGGCAGCGUUCGGACCGCCGCAGGGCAACGGGCGCCAGGGCCUGCAAUGUAACCAAGGUUACCAGGUGAGCAGGACCCCCAGUCAGCAGCAGCAGGUGUCCUUCGGGUACAACGUGGCAUCGGGGAGCUUCGCCGGAGAGAGCGAGCUGGUGGACUCUCUGCUGAAGGGUCAGAGCACACAGGAGUGGAUGGCCGACCUGGAUGAACUGCUCGCCAGCCACCACUAGUCCCGCCCCCACGCACACCUGUCUGC